AAGAAAAGGAAUUAACUAAUAACCAGUGGGGGUUUGAAGUGAGGGCACAAGGGACUAGUGGAGACGGGAGUGACACUCCGAGGAGCCAAGACAAAAACCCGACCUUUCCCUUUCUCCAAAGGAUCAUCAAAUCAAACCAAACCUCUGUUAGAAGUUGUAACAGUUGUUGUUGUGCCACCUUAUAUUAAGACCCAUCAAUAAAGUUCUUUGCUUUUCAAAACCCCUCUUUGUUCUGCUGAGACACUACUACACCCUUUUUUGUUCUCGAUCUCAUGAUGGCUCAUUUGGCCGUGUCUCAGAUGGCUGUAACUGUUCCUGUUGGCAGCGAUUUGUCUCUGAGAAGAUCUGCGUUUAAGGCCUCUAACUUAAGCUUUCGGGAUAAAUCAUGGGCACCGGUAUUUAUUCUAGACUUGAAGGCAAACAACUCUUGUUUAAGAAGUCAUCGUGUGAUAUGCAUGUCCGUUCAACAAGCAAGUGUACCCAAAGUUACUGUCUCACCCUUAGAAUUGGAAGAUGCUACAGAACCUCCAUUGAACUUGCACAAGCCUAAAGAACCCUACACAGCUAAGAUUGUUUCUGUAGAGAGGCUAGUGGGACCAAAGGCUCCUGGGGAAACUUGUCAUAUUGUGAUUGAUCAUGGUGGGAAUGUUCCUUACUGGGAAGGACAGAGUUAUGGUGUUAUUCCACCAGGUGAAAAUCCAAAGAAACCUGGGUCUCCCAAUAAUGUUCGACUGUAUUCAAUUGCUUCCACAAGGUAUGGAGACUUUUUUGACGGUAAAACAGCCAGCUUGUGUGUGCGUCGUGCUGUAUAUUAUGAUCCUGAGACAGGAAAGGAAGAUCCUUCCAAGAGUGGUGUUUGUAGCAACUUUUUGUGUAACUCAAAGCCUGGAGACAAAAUUCAAAUCACAGGCCCCUCAGGGAAGAUAAUGCUUUUGCCUGAGGAUGACCCAAAUGCUACCCAUAUAAUGAUUGCCACCGGCACUGGUGUGGCUCCAUUUAGAGGCUAUCUACGCCGAAUGUUCAUGGAAUCAGUCCCUACAUUCAAGUUUGGUGGACUAGCAUGGCUUUUCCUUGGUGUUGCCAAUACUGACAGUCUUCUCUAUGAUGAUGAAUUUACCAAAUACCUUAAGGAUUAUCCAAACAAUUUCCGCUAUGAUCGAGCCCUUAGCAGAGAGCAAAAGAACAAGAAUGGAGGCAAAAUGUAUGUUCAGGAUAAGAUUGAGGAAUAUAGUGAUGAAAUCUUUAAACUCUUGGAUAAUGGGGCCCACAUUUAUUUCUGUGGUCUAAAAGGGAUGAUGCCUGGGAUCCAAGAAACACUGAAGAGAGUUGCUGAUCAGAGAGGAGAGAGUUGGGAAGAGAAGCUUUCACAACUUAAGAAGAACAAGCAAUGGCACGUGGAAGUCUAUUGAUAUACUCUAGUGCAGAUUCCAGAGUAGUUUCCUUUAUCUGAAAUGAGAAAAAACAAAACAAUGCAAACAUUUUCCUUUGGUUCUUAAUAAUUGCUUUAAUUAAUAAUAUUAUUCAUUGGGCAGCGUGAGUAGCUGUUCCUGUACCUUUUCUGUAGUAGUGAAUCACAAUGAUAUAUUGUUCUCAUGAUGUUUACAGAAUUGAAAAACCAAGUCACUGAUGGUGGUAGAGUCAUGUUUGGGCCAUUUUCUGAGGG